AUUGAUUUUCUGUUGUCACAGGACGUGUCAAUGGAAGUGACAAAUCAUUUCGUGAUUCUUGAUAACUCAAAUAGUGAUUUUGUUUUAGUGAUUUCAUAAAGAGGACAAACAAGAGUUUUAUAGCCUUAUAGCCACGAUGGUUGUAACUAAUGAUGUGACUCUACCGGAAAUUUCAGAGUUAACGGUCCAGGAGGUGAAUCUUCCCACGUCCAUAUUGAUGGCCGCUUCACCUUACAUCGGGAAACAGUGCGAAUGUGUCAAUAACGAAUUCAUGCUUUGCCGCUACGAGUCGAACGACCCCCGCACCUGUGUGGACCUCGGCAAGAAAGUGACGAGCUGCACUCUGUCGCUGUUCCAGAACAUAAAGAAGAACUGCCUCGAAGAGUUCAUUCAAUACGCGAACUGUAUCGACAAGAGUUCGGGGGAUUUUUGCCUAUCCAAGUGUCGCAACACUCAGGGUAUAUUCGACUGUUGCAUGCAAGAAAAAUUAGAGAUGGAGAGGCCUGAUUUCGGUUAUUUCUGUCGCACGAGGGUCCACAGCAGCCCUACAGCGUCGCCCCCGGCCGAACCAUGUCCUUGCAAGCCUAAAUAUCCUGAUAAAACACCGUCUCUCCCAGACGAUGCUCCCCGGCCACCAGCUCGCUACGGCGGCCGCGCUUAUUGGUUCAUGGAGUAGAUAACAAUGAUUUUUUAUUGCAUUAAAGUAUUAUUUUAUUA